UCUUUGAGUACUUCUCGCUUUUCCAGUACUGAAUCCAUGGCUUCCCAAGUAGUGGCUUCUGAAUCCUUUGGUAUAUCUCUGCAAAUGAGGGCAAGAGAGGUGAACGACUCGGGCAACGUCGAAAUUCGCUACGUCGGGAGUUGCCGAGAACUCAUGCGGAACCCCAACGGCGGCUACACCCCGAUCCAUGAUAACUUCAACUACCUUUCGAUACCUGCGGUUUUCAUCCGAGUUCCUCCCCAGGUACUCUUAAUCCCGGAAUGGCACCAACGCUACCUUAACUCCCUGCUCUGUUUACGGCUCAACCUCGAAGACGCUCCACUCCGCGCGACCGUGGCCGAGCAUAUCUCGUCGUUCGCGUUGCAGCAUCAGGCGGUCUCCCGGUUCGGGGGGUAUUUCAUGACGGUCGAAUUGAAUUUCUUCCACAAUAUAUUUCGCGAUGAGGGAUCCUCUAAUCCUAUAACGUCCUUGAGUGAUAGGGAAUUGGCACCCAAUGGCGGCGCAUCAAGAAGUGCGAUCAUCAGAUUGAUGGAGAAGGGGAGCUUUGUUGCGAGCAAGAGCGAUGAUCAAGAGUUGGGAAUGUGCAGCAUAUGUUUGGAGGAGUUUGCAUCUUCGAAUGGGGCAGAAGAGCUUCUUCGCAUGGAUUGCUCACAUGUUUAUCAUCGUGCUUGUAUAUUGCCCUGGCUGCAAAAGUCGAAUACAUGUCCAGCAUGCCGUCGCCAUGUGGAUUGACUCUUGAUGAUCUGAUGAUCCUUUAAUUACUUCAGAAACUUUGAUGAUCCAUUCAGUCUCAAUCAUAUUGUACAUUCAAUCUUGUAGUUAUGAAGUCUUUGA